AUGGAUUUGCUCGAGUACAGCGCUCGCAGGGUCGACUUGGACGACGCGCUCGCUCGCGCGUACGUCGGGGGCGGUAAAUCGCGAGAGACGAUCUUACGUCGAGCGGUCGCGGACGCGCAGAUGUCGGACGCGAGGCGCGAGGCGAAGGAGACAAAUGCAAAGACGAACGCGUUGGACGGCGUCCCGUUCGCGGCCAAGGAUAACCUGUGUGCGAGCGUCGGGACGACAGAGGCGGGGUCGAGGAUGCUCAGAGGGUACGAGAGCGUGAUUGAGUCGACGGCGAUACAGCGCAUUCGCGCGAGCGGUGGGAUUUUGGUCGGGAAGACGAAUAUGGACGAGUUCGGGAUGGGCAGUCACACGCGGACGUCAUCGAGCGGGACGACGACAAAUCCAGCGUAUUCAGACGGCGCAAGAAGCGCCGGGGGCUCAUCCGGGGGCUCCGCGGUGGUGGUAGCAAAUGGAUCGGUGCCGUUCGCGCUGGGAAGCGACACCGGGGGGAGCGUACGGUUGCCAGCAGCGUACUGCGGCGUAGUCGGAUUGAAGCCGACGUACGGCAGAGUGAGUCGGUUCGGAUUGAUAUCGUAUUGCAGUUCUUUGGACACCGUGGGUGUGCUCGCUCGGACUGUGAGUGAUGCCGGAGUUGUGCUCGCGGCCAUGCAAGGUGAGGACGGGUUAGACUCCACGACGGUGGCUCGAUGCGAGGAUUUAGAUGCAACAGCAGAACGCGAGUUUGCGAUUCGAGCGGCGAGCGAGGACGGUUCGUUCCCGAUGAAGGGCGUUCGCGUGGGCGUCCCGGAGGAGUACGCUGUGAAAGAACUGACUCAGGAGGUAUACGAUGCGUGGGACGAGACUGUGCGCGCGAUGGAAGCGUUGGGCGCGGAGGUCGUGCGAGUGACUUUGCCGCACACAAAGUAUGCGUUGCCGUGCUACUACAUCAUUGCUCCGUCAGAGGCAUUGAGUAAUCUGGCGCGCUACGAUGGCAUGCGCUACGGCGAUCUCAAGGCAGAUUUAUCGCGUGAGGAAUAUCUCAAGGAAGAUUUUCAAACCGCCAUUGCCAAGGCGCGAAGUAUCGGAUUCGGUCCAGAGGUGCGUCGACGCAUCACCGUCGGCGCGUUUGCGCUCAGCAGCGAACGCGCAGCAGAAUAUUUCGAAAAGGCGCAGCGCGUCCGACGAUUGGUUUCGAACGACUUCACGACGGCGUUCGAACACGUUGAUCUCUUGCUCACGCCGUCGAGUGUGUCUACGGCGCCCAAGCUUGAGGACUUGGAGUCGCUUUCUCCGGCGCAAACGUACGCUGCGGAUGUCAUGACGGUGCCGGCUUCGCUCGCGGGUCUACCGGCGAUGUCCGUACCCGCUGGACGAUCGCGAGUGAGCGGUUUACCGAUUGGGAUGCAAUUUAUCGCGCCAAAAUUCCGCGAGGCGUCUCUCGUGCGUGUGGGCGCCAGACUCGAGCGAGCCGGAGGACGACGAACGUACACCACGAAGACGGCUCCAGUCAUUGACGCAUUGUACGCCCAGGGCGAAGCCGCGACGAAGCGUCAUGAUGAGCUCAUCGCCCUCAUAUCCGCUCCGGACGCUGCGAUCGAUCGAGUGAUCGAGGCGAAUAAAGAGCUCGCUCGUCUCGACCCGCUCGUAAAGCAGUACUCUAUGGUGAAGUCUCUCCGCGACGAGCGUGAAUCGCUCGACGAGCUCGCGAGGACAUCCGACGAGAAGGACAUCACCGAGCUCGCUCGCGAGGAAUUACGUGCGAUUGAUGCCAAGUUACCGGAACAAGAACACGCGCUGCGCAUCAUGCUUCUCCCUCGGGACGACGCUGACGAUCGAGGUGCGAUUUUAGAGGUUCGCGCAGGUGCCGGCGGCGAUGAAGCCGCACUCUUCGCCGCAGAGUUAUUUCGCAUGUACGCGUUACACGCGCGCAAGAGCGGCUGGCGAUUCGAGACGCUGAAUAUGUCCGAGACAGAUGGUAAGGGUAUUCGUGAGGGGAGCGCGGAAGUCCUGGGCGACGGCGUUUUCGGGCGAUUGAAGUUUGAAUCUGGAGUGCAUCGCGUCCAGCGCGUGCCCGAGACGGAGACGCAAGGACGUGUCCACACGAGCACGGCCUCCGUCGCGGUUUUACCGCACGCGGCGGAGGUCGAUAUGGACAUUCGUGAUGAAGACGUACGCAUUGAAACCAUGCGGGCCAGCGGCGCGGGUGGCCAACAUGUCAACACGACGAACAGUGCUGUACGCCUGACGCACCUGCCGACUGGCAUUACGGUGGCAAUACAGGACGAGAGAAGUCAGCACAAAAACAAAGCGAAAGCGUUUUCAGUAUUAAAGUCCAGAUUGUAUGACAUGGAGCGUGAAAAGUUGGCGAACGAACGAGCGGAGCUCCGAAGCUCUCUCAUCGGAACUGGCGAUCGAAGCGAAAAGGUUCGCACGUACAACUUCCCGCAAGGGCGCGUCAAGGACCAUCGCGUGGACGGCAACGUUUCGGGCGACAUCAAGGGCUUCAUGGAUGGGUUUUUGUUGGACGAUCUCGUGGAUAAGUUGCGAGAGAAGGAAAUAGAGGAGAAAUUGGACAGAUUAUCAUUGUAG